AUGACGAGGAGAAAAAUGAAUCUUUCCCGCUGCCUCUCGAUCGUCACAGCGUUGCUAACCCUGGUGGCCCUCAAGGCCUACAUCGAAUGGACGGCCGAGCAGGAGGAGCAAUACCCCGCGCCCCACGCAGCUCGGUUGCAAAGCGUCCCCAUCACCCCCUUCCAGCCCUUCGAGGAAAUCCCUCCGGCCUUUGUCUUCCAUCAUUUUAACGCCUCCUUGCAACAAUUCCGCCAGAGCAUCCCAAGGGCCAAAGCUUAUUGGAACGCUAAACAGCACAAACAUUUCCGGGCCUUGGAAGAAGGUCCAGCGGUCAACGCUUCCUGGAAUAAAUGCCCCAGUGCCAACCUGGAGGAGCUGGCCACCCAGAUCAAACAUUUCAACUCGUAUCCGGAGCUUUAUAAGAAUUUCAUUCUCUACGGGGACUGCAGGAAUUACUCCCUCCUGAUCAACGAACCCCGCAAAUGUGCCAAGACGAAGAAUGGCGCCUUCUUGCUCUUGGCCAUCAAAUCUGUCCCCGGCAAUUUUGCCGCCCGCCAAGCCGUGAGGGACACUUGGGGGCAAGAAGGAGAACCCGGUGGUCUGGCCGUCCGGACUGUCUUCUUGCUGGGCACGGCCGAGGGGCAGUUGGGACCUCACCUGCAACCCUUGGUCCAUUUCGAGAGCCAGAGUUUUAGGGACAUUUUGAUGUGGGAUUUUGAGGACACUUUCUUCAACCUGACGCUGAAGGAUUCCCUCUUCCUGCGCUGGACGUUGGACUAUUGUCGGGAUGUCCGUUUCAUCCUCAAGGGGGACGACGACGUGUUCAUCAACACCCCGAAAGUCUUGGGGUACCUACGCUCGGUGGAUGCCAACGAACCCCUCUACACGGGGCAGGUGAUGUCUAACGCCUCGCCUUUCCGGAUUCAGAGAAGUAAAUACUAUGUGCCGGAAUCAUUCUACGUGGGGCCGUAUCCAGCUUAUGCAGGAGGCGGGGGCUACAUCUUCUCCGGACCCCUGGCCCUCUUGCUGCUCCUCAUUUCUCGGCAUGUGGCCUUCUACCCCAUCGACGACGUUUACACGGGGCUCUGCUUCCAAGCUCUGGGCAUCCCCCCUCAGCCCCACGCCGGUUUCAUGACCUUCGAUAUUGCCGAGAAGGACCGCGAAGAUCCCUGCGUGCACAGCCAGCUGCUCUUGGUCCAUCGGCGCAGCCCCCAGCAGACCCUCCGUCUCUGGAAGAAAAUCACCGAUCCGAAUCUCCGAUGCGGACCGGAGGUGUCGAAACCCCAAGCGGAACAGCCGCCGGGAUUCUAACCGAACGGCGGAACGUGAAGCUAUUCCGAUCUCUGGGCUGCAACGGAGAGAUGCUCAGGCCCAAAUCCCAUUGGAGUAUUUCAGGGGGCGGGGAGGACACCCCAACUUUUAGUGGACUUUUGAAGGACAGGAGCUGGAGAUGGGCACCCCUUUAAGUGUCUGGUCGACGUGGCUGCGAUGUUCUGAAAUUCCUAUUUGCCUUUCUGGAGAUAUCGCGAUGGAAGGCAGUGCCGUAUCAACAGUCCCGGAAGUGCCGUUUACAGAUCUAAGUAUCGUCCUUAUUUUUCCCACCAGGCUGGUCGGAAAAAGGCCACAACAUCUGCCUGGCCCUAGCUGAGAAUGCCAGGGCUUCAAGUUUGCUUCCUCCGCCACCCCCCCCCCCCAAACCCGGUGCCCUCCCAAUUGGCCUGCAAUUGCUGGAUUUCUAAGAGGAACCUUCCUCCAGAUAUGGAGGCAAUGCAAGAGGAAGAGAAAUUCCUGGCUAGCUGGCCCAACCUGCCUGGAUUUCCAGGAGGGGAAGUAUUGUCCACAAGUGUUUUAUUUUAUUUUUCCUUUAGGCCCCGAAUCUUUGAGGGUCAAUUCCCCCUUCCCCACAGCUGGAUAAACCAAGAAACUGAGGCACGAAACUUAGCCUCACAAACCACGGAGUGUUUCAACAUGGGCUGAAGUGGCAAUAAGAUCCUCUAGAAGGAAUGAUCGCUGUGAGAAUGCAGCAUUGCAGGCUAACUCUGCCGACUGCCAGCAGUUCGAUACUGACCGUUUCAAGGUUGGACUCAGCCUUCCGUCCUUCCGAGGUCGGUCAAAUGAGGACCCAGAUUGUUGGCGUGGGAAGCAAGAUGCUUUUUGGGGAUGUCGUUUGGAUCCUAGGAUAGUUUUGAUGCCCGAUAGGAUCUGUCCCACCUUCUCCUUAAGGCUUUUGACUCCUGGGCUG